AUGAGGAUAGUCUGUAAGGACGUGACAGCAGAGACAUUGUACGACGUCCUCCAUGACACCAGCUACCGGAAGAAGUGGGACACCAACAUGAUCGAUACGUAUGACAUCGGCAGGCUGACGGUCAACGCAGACGUGGGAUAUUACUCCUGGAAAUGCCCGAGCCCGCUGAAAAACAGAGACUUUGUGACGAUGAGAUCUUGGCUUCCACUUGGCAACGACUACAUGAUCAUCAACUACUCGGUCAAACACCCGAAAUAUCCUCCAAAGAAGGACUACGUCCGAGCCGUCUCUCUGCUCACGGGGUACCUGAUCCAGUCCAACGGAGCCACCAGCUCCACCCUCUACUACCUGACUCAGGUGGACCCCAGAGGUUCUUUACCAAAGUGGGUGGUGAACAGGGUGUCCCAGUUUGUAGCUCCAAAGGCUAUGAGGAAGAUCUACAAGGCUUCUGUAAAGUACCCGGAGUGGAAGAGGAAACACAACCCGGGCCUGAAGCCAUGGAUGUUCCCAGAGCAGAACACGCUGCCGUGCAUCAGCGUGUCGGAGCUGACGGUGCAGCGAGCUGACUCUCUGGAGAACAUCGAUGAGAGCGGCUUGAGCGAGGAGAAGACACAGCAGAGUGACGACGAGGAGCCGUAAAGAUGGCGGACUCUGUCUGGUUUACUGUUUGUUGGUUUGUUUGAUCAGGUAAACUCAUGCUGGACACCUUUCUGAAUGCAGCUGCGCUCACUUUGCUGGAUCUCACAAACCUUUUUUCACAACUUUCUGAAAACCUUCUGUCAGCUCACAGUAAUCGGACGGAAUCGGUUUCAUGGCAGCUACAAACAUGAGACCACCCUCACAGCUGUUUCCAGGUGUUCUGAGAAGGCCUCUGCUCACGUUGAAGGUGGCUGGAGUUUCAUCUAAUCUUUCCUUGAAUUGUAUUUGUGUUGCAGUGAGACAAAGAGCGUGCAGCAGAAACUCGUCUGUGAAUCUACUUCCUGCAGUCUGUUUAGAAGCUAAUGACAAUCAGUGUUAGCCUCCUAACAACAUCCACUUCCUGGUCAGGUGGGUGUGGAUUUCUAAAUCUUUACCCCACUCAUAGAGAGUUUCUAACAGAACAACUGUGCAAUGUCUGUAAGAGUUGAUCAGAAAGGUGAAAGCUCUGUUUUCAUCAUGUGGGUAAAAAAGUAACCAAACUAUAACCACGGUUCUGAGAGGGUCGCUGUGUCCUGGUGGAUGUUCAGAGUGUAAAUAAUAAUAGUAAUGAUGUGUUGAUUUUGUCGGGGCUCUGUGCUGAAUAUUUAAAGUCUGUAAUCUGUGUGGGACAGAAGCCACGUGAAUCUUCUGCA